CCUCGAACGAAAACUAGAAGAAAGGAAUUGACUAAUCGUAGUUGAGAAUGACGAUUUCAAAACAUAACCGCCACGUACAAGAACGUGAUUCAACAUUUGGAGGCGCUCGAGCGGGAAGCGGGAUGCCGUCAAAGAGCCGAAGAAGUAAACGGCGGAAGUGUUAGCAGCGUUAGCCUCUUGCUAACUGUGGGCGGAAGGUUCUAGAGAAGACCGUUCGUGAUGUCGAAGGUAAAUAUUUCGCCCCUCGUCAGCGAAGCAGCGAUGUCCUCGCUUCAGUUUCUGAGUGAGUUAAUCUGCGAGCGACUGUCUGCUGCUGCCGAAGAAAUAUUCCGCGCGUUCGAAAGAACCGUCGUGGAGUACGAGGACGAGGUGGAUCGUCAGCGAAAACUGCUGGAAAUCGCCUGGAAACCUCAACUCAAGUUACAGCGGAUAGAGCUUUGGCAGCAGCAUGUUCAGGAGGAGGAGGUUCUCGCUGACCAGGAGAGGGACUCCAGUCUGGACCAAGAGGAACCAGAAUCCCUACAGACUAAAGAGGAGGAAAUGUGCACCAGUCAAGAGCAGGAGGCUGAUCCCAUAGGUUUGACUCCUGAAAAUGGUCAUGUGGAACCAGAACCAGACGGUGACCUCCAGCUCCUCUCUCCUGUAGCUGAGAGUCAAGACCAGACAAGAAGCAAGAUGGAGCUUCCACAGCAGCAUGAGAAGGAGGUUCUCACUGACCAGGAGAGGAACUCCAGUCUGGACCAAGAGGAACCAGAGUCUCUACAGAUUAAAAAGGACCAGGAGGAAAUGUGCACCAGUCAGAAGCAGGAGCCGCUUUUACAGAAGCAGGAGGCUGAUGCCUUUAUGUUGACUCCUGAUAAUGAGAAGAGUGAUCACAUGGAACCGGAACCAGAACCAGUCUCUCACAGACGCAAACUUAAGGACUCAAAACCACAAAAGAGACGAGACAAAAAGAAGAGUCUCGAAAACAAAAAAACAAAAACAAAGACUAAGACUAAAACUCGUAUAUACAAGAAGUCUUUAAAAUGCGACAUUUGUGGAAUUUUAUUUUCAACACGUUAUCAGGUAAUGGUACAUAUGAGAGUUCACACAGGAGAGAGGCCAUAUUCCUGCAAAAUAUGUGACAAAGGUUUUAAAAGACCCUAUCACUUGUCACUGCACAUGAGAACCCACACAGGUGAGAAGCCGUAUGCCUGCAAAACCUGCGGGAAAACAUUUGGCCAAAUCCCGGGGAUGAAAGCUCACAUGAGAAGUCACACGGGCGAGAGGCCACAUUUUUGUGAAACGUGCGGGAAGCGCUUCUCUCAGCUUGUGCACUUGAGUAAUCACAUGAGAACUCACACCGGCGAGAGGCCGUUCUCUUGCUACAAGUGUGAGAAAACGUUCAGUCAAACUUCUACAAUGAAAACGCACAUGAGAAUUCACAAGGAUGAAGAGAGGUUUUCUUGCAAGACGUGCGGGGAACAUUUUGAGCAGCGCCGUGAAUUCAAGAUUCACAUGAAAACUCACACAGAUGAAAAUCCAUAAGGGGCAGGAAAUGUUUGGUAUUUUAAGAAUCGGGUCAUAAUUUGUUGUGUUUUUCGCUAAACCGCUUGACCAAAUUUGAUCAUAUAAAUGUAUUAUUGCAUUUUCCACGGAGAAGGUCCAUACCAUUAAUGAUGAAAAGCCAUGAGUCCUUUUCAUCAUUGACAUUCAUCAUCGUCAAAUUGACACAGUAUAAUAAGCGGCUCAUUAAACGACAUAUAUACAUCUA